AUGACCAUCACCUCGGUACAAACCGUUCUACCCUCGCGCUUAGCCGUCAAUUCGUCUGAGAGGCGCGAGAAAAGCCUCCGCCACAGACACACAGCGUGCCAGACUUUCCCUUCAAGGGUUACCAAGCUCCACAACUCGAUGGCUUUGCGCAAAGCCAGGCCAACCCCAACAGCGCCAUCGUCAUUGACAAUGGUGAGCGAGCUUCAAAUGCACCUUGGCUCUAACUGCAUCCUCCAUACUGACAGCGGACAUUCCAGGCUCCCACCUCGUCAAAGCCGGUUGGUCCUUCGACAAGACUCCCCGCUUCCUCCUUCCCCCGUCAUGAGCCGAUACCGCGAUCGCAAGCUCGCACGUCAAUGUCAAUUCGUCGGAUACGACGCCUACCUCGAUGCGACGACUCGCGGCCAGCUCAAAGGCGCCUUUGACCCGGGCUCCAGCGUCGUCAGCAAUUGGGACGUGAUGGAGGGUGUCCUGGAUUACAUCUUCCUCAAGAUGGGCGUGGACGGCUCGAACGGCGGCGUCGACCGUCCAAUUCUUAUGACAGAGCCAAUCGCCAACCUCGCAUACCCCAGAAGGAUGAUGAAUGAGAUCUUGUUCGAAUGCUACAACGCCCCAUCCGUCACCUACGGCAUCGACUCACUCUUCGCCUACCGCUACAACAAGGGGACAGACGGUUUAGUCGUUUCCUCCUCCCACACCUCCACCCACGUUAUCCCCGUGUUGAACUCGAAACCGCUCCUCAACAACUGCACCCGUCUCAACUGGGGCGGUCUCAAUAACGCAGAGUACCUCGCCAAGCUGCUGAAGCUCAAGUACCCAACCUUCCCAGCCAAGGUAUCCGACCACCAGAUGGAAGACCUGGUCCAUAAACACUGCUAUGUCUCUGAAGACUUCGACCGCGAGCUCGGCGGGUAUCUCGAUUGGACCGGACUAGAAGCCCGCGACCAUGUAAUCCAGUACCCCUUCACAGAGCACAUCGUGGUAGAGAAAUCGGAAGAGGAACUUGCGCGCAUCGCGGAGCGCAAGAAAGAAAGUGGUCGUCGUCUACAAGAACAAGCCGCCAAAAUGCGUUUGGAGAAAUUGGUCAAGAAGGAGCAGGAAUUGGAGUACUGGAAGAGUAUCCAGGAACGUCUAGCCUCCGAGACAAAGAAGGAGAUCCGUCGCAUUCUCGAGUCGGAAGAUGUCAAAGAUGAAGCUCAGCUUGAGCGAAUGGUUCGCGAGCUGGAGAAAUCUAUCAAACGCUCCCGUAAUCGCGAUCUCGGUAUCGAGGAGGAGGAACAGCAGCCUGAAGAAAUGACUUUCCCCCUUCUGGACACGCCUGAUGAGGAACUAGACGAGGCGGGUCUGAAGGAGAAGCGACACCAGCGUCUGAUGAAGUCUAAUGUGGAUGCCCGUGCCCGCGCGAAGGCAGAAAAGGAGAAAGAAAAGGCUCGUCGUGAAGAAGAAGAGCGACUGGACCGCGAGAAGCGAGAGAAUGACUUUGAAAACUGGAUCGACGAGCGACGAACAAACCGACAGGUAAUUAACCCCUCUCUCUCUCGCACCAAGAAGUGCCCUGUUACUCUUUUCAAACACACGUUUUCUAACCCUCUAAAUCAACAGAUAAUCCUCCAAAAAAUCAAAGACCGCGACCGCAUGAAAGCAGAUCUCGGCAACCGCAAAUCCCUCGCAAGCCAACAACGCAUGAAAACCCUCGCAAACCUCGCAUCGGACGGCCCUAAAAAGCGCCGCCGCGGCAACGACGAGGACGACUUCGGCGCCAACGACGACGACUGGGGCGUCUACCGCACCGUAGCCAAAGACGAACAAUCCGACGACGAAGAAGAAGAAGAUCUAGGCGCAGUCCUCAACGGUUUGGAAACAGAACUCCUAACCUACGACCCUGAAUUCACCGAAAACCACACUCUCGCCGCCCAAACCGACUGGACAAAAUCUCUCGUUCACGCUUUCCUUCGCGGACCAUGGCCAUUUGACCCGGAAUCUCAGCGUGAAGCGCAUCAAAUGCACCUUAACGUGGAACGUAUCCGUGUUCCCGAGGUUGUCUUCAAACCAUCCAUUGCAGGCGUCGAUCAGUCCGGCCUGGUCGAGAUCGCAGCUGAUAUCGUCAAUCAGCGAUUCUCGGGCGUGCAAGAUCAGAGCCGAUUAUUGCGGGAUGUGUUUCUUACGGGUGGCAAUACGCUUUUCCAGGGCUUUGAUGAGAGAUUGCGGAAUGAGUUGCGGGGUGUUAUUUCGCUUGAUGCGGAGUUGAAGGUGCGCAGGGCUAAGGAUCCUGUUCUUGAUGCUUGGAAGGGUGCGGCUCAGUGGGCUGGUGAAGCUCAGGCUGAUUCGAAUGCGGGUUUUGCGAAGUCUUCUGUUUCUAGACAGGAGUAUCUGGAGAAGGGAAGCGAGUAUAUCAAGGAGCAUGAUCUUGGUAACGUUACGUGGUGA